CCUAGAAUGCUUGUCCAAUGCCAAAUGUCAAAUAGAAGACACCAACAACUAUAACGCUUUUUUAUCUAAAUAGUUUGGAUUUAGUUGCUUUAUAAGUGAACAAUUAACGGUAUGUUGUUCAGAAAUUGGCAUUGACUUGAGCCACUCAGUUGAGCGUUUGCAAAUUACAUCCGCACAUAGAUCAUUGAUCGAUUCAGCUUCACGGACAUGAUCCAGCCCUGGAAUCUCGUACGUGCGCGAUUGCUCGUCCUGUGAUUUAAAGAUACUUAAGCGAAGGCUAUGAUUAAAACACAAGACCUAGUUCACGAAGGAGUCGCACACCGAGAGAAGUCCUGCUGUAGCCUACCUGAUUUCUGCAAGUACUUGGAGAGUCAAUUGCGGUAUAGAAACAAACUGUAUACCUCUUGUGCUUCGGUCCCUGUGUCUCGGACAUGGAGAGGAAAAAUAGUUGGUGGCAGGAAAAUCACCUUCCUGAAAAUGCUGGAAUUAGUCUGGCUUAUGCUUCUGACCUCAGCAGUGUCACCAGGUCCCCCAUCAAAAUUCAGGUGAAGGACAUCCUGAGGUUGAAGGUCGAGCCCGAAAGAAUGCCGGUCAGGAUCCGGCCUCCCCCUCUGAGCACCCUCUUGACCAGGGAGCCUGUUUUUGGUCAGAGUCUCUCCUGUGAGCCUACACCCAAGCCCAUUAUAAGGAGACGGGCACGAUCUCUGCCGGCUUCCGGUGGAUGGAAGAUUGAGCGCAGGAGGCAGCAUGUUCGCUUUGUCGACUCCUUGGGGUUGGACCUGGAGGACAUCAAGGUUUUCAAAGCUGGGGAAGACCCCUUGGUACCUCAGCAUGUCAUCUCACGGCUUCUGAUGAGUGCUGAGAUGGCAUCAGGCAAGCACUUGGAAAUAUCCUUACCCUACUUUAAGCCAUCUUUUCCAGAACGUAUGGCAGAUCAACCAGAUUUCCUCCAUCGCCUCUGCCAGCAGCAUGUUUGUCUGGAUGAGGUCCUUUGCUCUGAGAUGGGUAUCAUUGCCACAGUGCAAGUCCUUAACUUGGCAUUUGAGAAAGAGGUCACUGCAGUCUACUCCUUCACCAACUGGAAGAGCAGUGCAAUCAGCAAGGCCUCCUGGGUAACUUCCAUACACAGAGAUAGUGCCAGAAACGAGCCCGAGUCAGACAUCUUCCGCUUUCGACUGCCCGUCCCGCCGUUUAUCCUGCAGCCCGAGGCAGUUCUGGAGUUCGCCAUCUGCUUCCGGGCCGUGGGAGCUGAGUACUGGGACAACAACAACGGAGUCAAUUACAAACUUACUUGCCACAGCUAUAAGCUAAUAGUUCCCCGAGAGUGUGAGGAAAGCAUGGUACACUUUAUUUAGAAGAUUCUGGUGGAGGAAAACUCCUCUAGCAUGUGUUUCUUCUAUAAUCAAGCAUUUAUUUACAGUCAUCUUAGUUUCUCAUGUUCACUUAGGUCUCAGCAGCGAUCUCCAUCAGAAAAACUAUAUUGCACUUUUUUUACUCAUCUGAUUCACUUUGUGCCAAAUUUCACGUGAUAGUGUGAAACCACUGAUAUUAAAUGGCUCAGGUUGUUGUUUGUUACUAAAAGUUCAAAGGUGCUCUGCUUGUAAGUAUUGCUGUAAAAUGAUAUAGGAUAAGUCUUCAAAAUUACAGUAAAAGACUGGCUUGCAA